AUGACAAAAGGAGGUACAAUGUGCGGGAAAAAGUCCGACCAGUCGUUGCAGAUUGAUUUUAUUCUCUCUCUUUCUCGUUCUAUCUCUGACUAUCUGUAAUGUAUACGUAGCAGCUAGGUUGCUCUUGCUCUGACGCCUCUUUUGAGCUUUCUCAUACCCUAGAAUUCCGCUGAAUCUAGGGUUUCUUUGCUCAGCAGCCAUGGGUGUAGAGGUUCUGGCUCUUUCUCUCUCUGCCCCUGCCUCUCAGUGGGAGCGAGUAUCGUCAUCCUUUCAAGCAAGCACUAGAGGGCUAGUUGAGAUGGGAACUAGUGAACUCAAAGUUUCACAUUUUUCAGUUCAAGCUUCUUCACAUCUUAGGUCAUCUUAUCAACCAACACGUAUUGUUUACAAACUGCCGCAGUAUCUUUGGGGACCUGUGGAAGCUUGCUGUAGGUCAUCAUUAUCAAGGAAUUUUUUUGAUCCCAUAAAGUUCCCAUGUUGGCUAGAGCCACCCCAGUUGUUUAUAUGGAAGGAGCCAGCAGAGAGGUAUACCUCUUCUACGGGGGCAUUUAUGACCUCUACUGCCCUUGAUAAACGUGGCAAACUUAUUUUGGGUGAGGAGAAGGUGGGUGUUUUGUUGCUUAACCUUGGGGGCCCAGAAACUCUUGAAGAUGUGCAGCCUUUCCUUUUUAAUCUUUUUGCAGAUCCAGAUAUUAUUAGGCUUCCGAGAUUGUUUCGCUUUCUCCAGAAACCCCUAGCACAAUUCAUAUCGGUUCUUAGAGCUCCAAAGAGUAGAGAAGGUUAUGCCUCCAUUGGUGGUGGCUCUCCCUUGCGGAAAAUAACUGAUGCACAGGCUGAAGAGCUACGAAAAUCCCUUGAAGCAAAAAAUGUUCCUGCAAAAGUGUAUGUUGGAAUGCGCUACUGGCAUCCAUUCACUGAAGAAGCAAUCGAACAGAUAAAACAGGAUGGGAUCACAAAACUUGUUGUACUUCCUCUCUAUCCGCAAUUCUCAAUCUCAACUAGUGGCUCUAGCCUUCGUCUUUUGGAAAGUAUAUUCAGAGAGGAUGAGUAUCUGGUUAACAUGCAACAUACUGUGAUACCUUCAUGGUACCAGCGUGAAGGUUAUAUUAAAGCCAUGGCAAAUCUAAUUGACAAGGAACUGCAGAAUUUUGAAAUCCCUAAAGAGGUGAUGAUCUUUUUUAGUGCUCAUGGUGUACCACUUGCUUAUGUUGAAGAGGCUGGUGAUCCAUAUAAAGCAGAAAUGGAGGAGUGUGUGGACUUGAUAAUGGAGGAGCUGGAAAAGCGAAGGGUCACGAAUGCAUAUACACUUGCUUAUCAGAGUCGAGUAGGACCUGUGGAAUGGUUGAAGCCUUAUACAGAUGAGACCAUUGUGGAGCUAGGACAAAAAGGAAUAAAAAGUCUGCUUGCUGUGCCCAUCAGCUUUGUUAGUGAGCACAUUGAAACACUCGAAGAAAUUGACGUGGAAUAUAAAGAGUUGGCCCUAAAAUCAGGAAUAGAAAAAUGGGGACGUGUUCCUGCAUUAGGUUGCGAGGCCAUGUUUAUUUCAGAUUUAGCAGAUGCAGUCAUCGAGAGCCUCCCAUAUGUUGGUGCAAUGGCGGUCUCAAAUAUUGAGGCACGUCAGUCUCUUGUGCCACUUGGUAGUGUAGAAGAGCUUUUGGCUACUUACGAUUCACAAAGGAGAGAGUUACCGCCUCCUGUGACAGUAUGGGAAUGGGGAUGGACUAAAAGUGCAGAGACAUGGAAUGGCAGGGCUGCAAUGCUUGCCGUACUUGUUUUGCUCGUCUUGGAAGUGACUACAGGCGAGGGUUUUUUGCACCAAUGGGGUAUCUUGCCAUUGUUUCGUUGAGAUGGGGGCUUCUUCUCCUCAUAUGUUAUCAGCGUUUCUGCAUUUGUAUUAUAUGCAGAGUUGAUGGAUGAUUUGAAACUUUUAUUCUGGAGUUGGAAACUAUUGGAACCUAUGAUUUCCAAAUCUACAUGCUAUAUCCUCAAUUGUAAUGUAACACAGUUGAGCAUUGACUAUUGGUAUGGCUGAUACUGAAGGGUUAGAUGGUUCCCGCCUACCAGCAAUGCAUUGUACGAUAUUCCCUUGACCAAGUUCAGUUUGCCUACAAACAAAAUAGCAUAUAUUGAUAAACC